GUCGGGUAAGGUAAAGGUAGUUGCUUAACGCAAGCAAGGUUUCCAUUGCGAUUUAGACUGGUUCUCUUAGGCCUAUGGGUCUAUCGAGUGAUUCCAAAUUAUUCCAAAUUAGCCGCUUCCAGCUUUCCCCCUCUUUUUCCACUUGGUUGCAGGCUGCCGCAGAGGCUCGUCAAGGGUGCCUGGGGGACCAAUGAAUAAAAAGAAGGCGACAGUCAAUUAUAAGGCAAUGAUUAGGUUCUCUGGCGCGGGUUCUCGGUUAUACGCACAGGGGUAAACCAUCGGGGAUGCCGUGAGCUCGGAUUUGGCGUGCUUGCAGAGCCGCGGCAUGCAGCAUACGUCAGGGUGAUAGAUCUGUAGAGCCUCGAUGCGCAGUAGGACCCAACGACCCAUCCCGGGCCGCCCUGGAAAUCCAGCCGUCACUCACACCCAGUGUGUAGAAACACCACACACUGUACCCAGUGUGCAUUGUCAAGUGAGCCUGGGAGGGACCGUCACGCGCAUUCGUAUCUACAGACACAAUUCGGUGGCGCUUCUCGGGUACCUACAACAACUGCCAAGACUGCCACCAUGAGCAAGGCAACCAAUGUCCUCGUCAUAGCGGUCCUGCUUGCAAGAGGAUAUACCAGAAAGUUAAGGUAUGCAGAAGAAAGUAAUUUUACAGACUACGACGAAGCGCCCUACUAUUUUAUCUUCAAGAACUACGACAACCGACUCAGACCUAAUUUCGCAGGUACCCCUGUGUCUGUCGGCAUCGCCAUAGACGUUUCCAGCAUCGAUAGUAUUUCAGACCAAGAUAUGGACUACACGAUGACGAUGGAUUUAUCCCAGAGUUGGCACGACGAGCGCCUUUCCUUCUCGGGGGAGGCCGAGUCGUAUGAUCUUGCCGACGACUAUCUCAGUAAAGUUUGGGUGCCUGACACCUACUUUGUAAACGGGAAGCAGUCCUACUUCCACGAAAUCACCGUGAAGAACAGGGCCAUGACCAUCUUCUCCAACGGGAUGAUUCAAUACAACCUGCGACUCACCACCGUUGCCAGUUGUAUGAUGAACAUGAUGAAUUAUCCAAUGGACGUGCAGAACUGCAGCCUGGUGUUGGAAAGCUACGGAUACACGCUGAAAGACAUCCGCCUGUACUGGAGACGCGGGAGGGAUUCUAUAACCGGACUGGCGGGGAUACAGCUUCCAACCUUCGCUAUUGUUGAUUUCCAAACUUCCUCCGGGGCAAGUCAGCUCGAUACAGGAGCCUUUCCAAGAGUUGUACUGAAUUUCCAGAUGCACAGAGACGUGGGGCAGGUCAUCUUCCUGAUAUACGUGCCGUGUAUGCUGCUCGUCAGCCUCUCGUGGGUCGCCUUCUGGAUCGAUUAUAAAGUCGUCGUCGGUAGAGUCGUUCUCGGUAUGGAAACGUUCCUAGCCCUUCUCACGUUUAUAACGGGAGUGCGGAAGGGACUACCCAAGGUUGCCUACAUCCACACGGUAGACAUCUACCACCUGGUGUGUAUGGUGUUCGUCUGCGCGACGCUGAUACAGUACGCCGUGGUCAACUUCAAGUACUACAGGCCAAGAAAGAAGGCGACAAAGUCACGAUGGCGGAGCGCUAUGGCUCGACGGGACAAUCGCUGUAACGUGGGUCGGCACAUGGACAAGGCGGGGAUCAUCGAGUUACUAAAGAUGUCAUCGUUGAUGCUCAAUCGCAAGCUUGCCAAGAACGUCAAACAUUCCUUUGCAAAGAUAAGACGGUCCCACACGGCACCUUGCCUGUCGUCGUUUGUACGAGACCAGACCACCUUCCCAAAACAAGCUCUUGAUUUGCAGCUGAAGAAAUCCCCCACAGGUCCGCUAUAUUUCACCGACGGCGAAUCUGCGGAGUCAAAUAACGUGCUCGGGACAGGUGGCGCCAUUCGCGACAGCAGACUUCUGUCCAGUAGAUACUAUUGUGGUAGCAUGAGCGGCAGCGAGCCGAGGAUGCUGCUCCGCAGGAGAUGGAGAAGACACAGAACAGACAGCGAGAACACGUCGGACGAAGAAGUUAAAAGAAAAAGCUCGUCCAGCGUGUUGUUCAAAACGGACACGGCCAACAACAGUCCCAAAGUGCAGCACCAUAAUAGAUACAGACAUAGAAGCAAUAGCGACACGACUGCGGAAGGACCGAAGCUAAGACUUGAGGAAACUCUGAAGCCAACGUUUGCACGUUUCACAAGCGAUGGUGACAUACAGGCCUGCCCGCCAGUGUCAGACAAAAAGAAAGAUGGAGAACAAAGCUACAGAGAGAAGAAAGAUAGGCCAGGAACUCACGUGCAAAAUGGGACAGUACACAACCUGCUUGUGGAAUGGGAGAACGAAGCAGUGCGAACAACUUACAUCCACUCAGAGAAGCGACACAGAAAAGUCAACGCUAUAGACUACCACUGUCGUUUCAUUUUCCCUCUUUUGUUUGUAACGUUUAACUUAGUCUACUGGUUACGUAUCUCUACUUCAUGAGAGAAAGAAACAACACCAUAGAUUCAUAAUCGUAUAUCCUAAAUUUACUGCCUAGACUAGAAGUAAUGAAUGUGCACUGGGUGCCUGAAGAUGUCAUGUAUAUCAAAACGGGCAUGGAAA